AUGUUCCCUCCCCCAAAUCCCCUCGCCAAGGGACUCGAUUCUCUUCCCACCACUCUUCUUUCCCAGCCCACUCUCUCCGCCAUUUCCUCGAACAUGUGGCGACAUGUCGCUAAGCAAGCCUGCCGCGGUGUUCGAAUCAACUUCCACUCUCCCAGACUUCUCUCUCCCUCCCAUGCUUCCCUUUUCUCUCCCAAAACGAAGGUUCUGUCCAACUUGCCACAACUGUACUGUGUUGGGUCCGACCGCUUUCGGUUUCCAUUCUGCGCCAAAGGGUACUCCGGCGUUGCUGAGGCGGUUUCUUCCACCGACAUGGAGGAAGAUGGCACUGCUGUUGAUGAAAUUCAGCAGCUGCUGUUGCAGGAGAUGAAUGAAGAAGAACGGAGUGCAUUGGAGGAGGAAGAGGCUGCCCCAGCUAACGAAAUUCAACAACAGCUAUUACAAGAGAUGGAUAAAGAAGAGAAGAGUGAAUUGGUAGGGGAAGAGGCUGCCCCAAUGGAUGGAAUUCGAGAACUGUUGCAGGGGAUGAAGAAGGAGAAGCAGAAGGAGGUGGUUGGUCAUAGGUGGCAGAAUCAUGCGAAGGGUGUGGGGCAAUCUAGAUACCAGGAGCUGAGAAGAAGGCAGGUGAAGAUUGAGACCGAGGUGUGGGAAGAGGCGGCGAAGGAGUAUAGGGAGCUAUUGAUGGACAUGUGUGAGCAGAAGCUGGCACCCAACUUGCCGUACAUGAAGUCGCUAUUUCUUGGCUGGUUUGAGCCUCUGAGGGACGUCAUUGCCAAGGAACAGGAGAUGUAUAAUGCCGGGAGGAAUAGAACGGCCUAUGCACCAUACUUUGUUCAGUUGCCGGCGGACAAGAUGGCUGUUAUAGCUAUGCAUAAGUUGAUGGGGCUGCUGAUGACCGGCAACGAGCAUGCCACCAUUGGCACCGCCAGGGUUGUGCAAGCUGCAUGCGGCAUAGGUGAUGCCAUUGAAAAUGAGGUUAGAAUAUACAAGUUCUUAGAGAAAACCAAGAAGAAAAAGGGUGAUAGAAGCAAGAAAAGCAAAGCAGGUGAAUCUGUUGAUGACAUCAAAGAAGAGCAAAAGCUGCGGAAAAAAGUCAUUGAUUUGAUGAAAAAGCAAAAGCUAGUCGCAGUGAGGGGGCUCGUGAAGGGCCAGGACGAUAUAAAACCAUGGGGAACGGUCAUAAAGACAAAGGUUUGUGUAGGAAGCCGUUUAAUUGAGCUCUUGAUGCAAACAGCAUACAUACAACCACCAUCAGAUCAAUAUCUGGAUGAUGCACCUGACAUCCGACCUGCAUUUGUUCAUUCAUUUAGAACAGUGGUAAAAGAGUCAAUUAACUCAAGCAGAAAAUAUGGUAUUAUUCAAUGUGACCCUCUAAUUCUUAAAGGACUUGACAGAACUGCUAUUGAGCCUUUAGUUUGGAAAGGAGAUUUAUGUCGGAGCAUAACGGUUGAAGCUUCUAAGCUAUAUCUUUAUCUUCAAACCUACAAAUGUAGUUCCUUGCUUAGCCAUCGGAGGAUAUCUCUCCAGGGUGGGGGCAAAAAAUAUGGUCAUUCCUUAUAUGCCUAUGUUGAUUCCACCAGUCAACUGGACAGGGAGCUAGGUGGUCCAACCUCCAACCAAAUAAGGCUUGGGCCAUGGUUGUCAUUUGUUAAAGGGAUACUUUAUGCUUAUUGCAAGUCUGCAAUUUAUGACAAAGGUGGGCACUUGUUCUUACCCUCUUAUGUCAUGCGUACUCAUGGAGUCAGGCAACAACGUGAAGCUAUUAAGAGGGCCCCUAGGAAGCAAUUAGAGCCUGUAUUUGAGGCUCUAGAUACACUUGGCCAUACGAAAUGGAGGGUAAAUAAGAAGGUACUGAGUGUUGUAGACAGGAUAUGGGCUAGUGGAGGUCGUCUUGCUGAUUUGGUGGAUCGUGAUGAUGUUCCUUUACCUGAUGAACCAGAUACUGAUGAUGAAGCAAAGAUAAAGAAAUGGAAGUGGAAAGUCAAAUCUGUGCGGAAAGAGAACAGAGAGAGAUAUUCACAACGUUGUGACAUAGAACUUAAACUUGCUGUAGCACGAAAAAUGAAGGAUGAAGAAGGUUUCUACUACCCACACAAUGUGGAUUUCCGAGGGCGUGCAUAUCCCAUGCACCCACACUUAAAUCACCUUGGUUCAGAUUUAUGUCGCGGUGUAUUGGAAUUUGCAGAUGGACGCCCACUUGGAAAGUCUGGCCUACAGUGGUUGAAGAUACACUUAGCAAAUCUCUAUGCUGGUGGUGUUGAUAAACUAUCCCAUGAAGGACGCUUAGUGUUUACAGAAAAUCAUUUUGAAGACAUAUUUGAUUCUGCAGACAAACCUCUUGAAGGGAGGCGGUGGUGGUUGAAAGCAGAAGAUCCAUUGCAGUGUUUAGCUGUGUGCAUAACUCUAACUGAAGCUUUAAAAAGCCCUUCACCAGAAACAUUCAUCUCUCAUAUUCCAGUACAUCAGGAUGGAUCAUGCAAUGGCUUACAACAUUAUGCUGCCUUGGGGAGAGACAAGAGAAUAGAGAAUGAAUCAGUCUUCUUGGGUGUAGCUGAGAAUCUUCAGAUCACAUCUCUGUACAUUUGUACUGGUUGGUUGACUUUUACUGUCAAGUUUGCUGCCUCUUGGGGCUUUGUCCAAAAUAGUCUUGUCAAAAGUAGCACUGGGUUAAACAUAUGCUCAUGUUAUCCUGUACUGCUUUAUGAGCAGAGAUGUGUGCUUAUCACGUGUUCAUUAGGGGCUGUUGCUGUCAAUCUAGUUGCAGGAGAGAAGCCAGCGGAUGUUUACUCAGGAAUAGCAGCUAGAUUUAAGCAGUUACAAGCACAUGCCAACUUUCUUGCAUUUCUGUUGGGGGUGUUAGAAUUGUCAGAAGAUAAAAGGAGGCAGUGUUUGAGCACUUUGUUUUAUGCCUUCGCUAUGGAGAAUGUACUAGUAUCAAACAUCAUGCAUCAGGAUGCUCAGAAAGAUCCUGCAAUUUUUCCUGAUGCUCUUCAUGCGAGGACUUUAGUUAAUCAGGUGGAUAGAAAAUUGGUUAAGCAGACAGUGAUGACAUCAGUGUAUGGUGUCACUUAUAUUGGUGCACGGGAGCAGAUAAAGAGGAGAUUGGAAGAAAGGAAUGUCAUUUCAGAUGAUACAGAGCUCUUUGGUGCUUCUUGUUACACUGCAAAGGUUACCUUAACUGCCUUAGAGGAGAUGUUUCAAGGUGCACGAGGUAUCAUGAGCUGGCUUGGUGACUGUGCAAAAAUAAUUGCAUCUGAAAAUCAACCAGUACGCUGGACCACUCCCCUUGGACUUCCUGUGGUACAACCAUACCAUAAACUAGGAAAGCAUGUUAAGGAUAAAUUGCAUGCUGCGAUUUGUGAUUCUAGUGGUGGAAGACUUCACAUCAUGCACAUUGGUCCUAAGAUAAGAUCUGAGUUGCCCGUCAUGGUCAGGAGGCAGAGGACUGCAUUUCCGCCAAAUUUUGUUCACUCACUUGAUGGUUCUCAUAUGAUGAUGACUGCGGUAGCCUGCAAAAAGGAAGGCUUGAAUUUUGCAGGUAUUUCCUUGAUUAGCCCUUUCUGUUCCCCCUUUUUCAGUAGAGGACCCUUGCUGGGGAAUAGGAUUUGCCCCGCAACUAAACUGGUGCCUGGGGUGAAAAAGAGAAGGGAUUUUCUACCAGAUAGAGAUGGGUGGGUUCAUGAUUCAUAUUGGACGCAUGCAUGUGAUGUGGAUAAAAUGAACAGAAUAUUGAGAGAGAAGUUUGUAGAACUCUACGAGACACCAGUACUGGAAAAUCCUUCUCUAAGGCUUGAACUAUGUUAUGUCUGUGGUCUUCUGACAAUACCCAUCAUCGGAGCUAAUUCAAUGGCUACGUAUAUCUUCAAAGGCAUCCAGAGCCUUGAGGAGUACCUUUGUGUCGUCCGAAAAAGAGAAGUAAGAAUUUGUUUAACAUUGCUGACGGCUUUUAAUCGGAGUCAUUUGGGUACACUUACGACUGAAAAGUUUACAAAUCCCUCCUUCAAAAUAAUGGCAUCAAAGCAGCGCUUACAUUCAUUCCAAAGGACAGUUGCAUGCAGAAUGUCAUGGGUGAGUUUUGGGUCUAACUGUUUUGCUAUUAAUCAAAACAGGAAUGGCGCGGCCAGUAUGAUCCAAACUUCUACUUCUACUAAGAACAUGCUGCAAGCAUUUGACAAGGGUUAUCAGUCAACUGAAUCUGUCCGUCACUACAUUUUACAGAAGUGCUUUUCACCCGGCCAUGUUAUCAGGCAACUGAAUCUGUCUGUUUGA